AUGUUCAACAUUUUGUUGAUAUUAUUUAUUAAUGUGUGUUUAUUAUGUGUUUUGGACGGUAGUUUAACUGUUACUUGGAAACGUGUUGAUACCAAUUAUCCACAAUCACAACCGCUACCGCAACAACCACCACCCCCACAUCCACUAUUACCACCACAAUCAUUUACGGAAUCGACGAGAACAACAACAACGAGAAUUUCAACACUCUACAAUAGUCAAACAAUAAUGACGGCGAAUAUUAACAGUUCAAGUAUUCAAUCUACCGUUAUAUCAUAUUUUAUGCUUCCUAAUUCAAAUUGUAUUUGUUUAUUUUCUUUUACCAAUAAUAUUUUGUGUACAAAAAUGACAGAUUAUGUUCAAAUCUCAAAUGUUAAAGAUCACUCAAUAGAUUACGUAGCCAAUUUUACCGUAAUGAAUUGUUCAUUUGUUGAUAAUCGACUAUACAUACCGUCAACAUUCGGAUAUAUUGAAUAUUUACAAAUAACUAAUGUCAAUAAUGGAAAUUAUUUAAUUAUUGAUUCAAUUUCGCUUCAAUCAUCUAUUAAAACCAUAGAUAUUUCAUAUACAAUUUCAAAAACCAUAUUACUUAUAAAUAACAAUACAUUUUUAUUAUUUGGAAACAGUUUGUAUUCGUUAAAAAUAUUACAUUGUAUUUUAAUUUUAUUGCCAAAUACAUUGAAUAAACUUAUCAAUUUAGUCACAUUAUCAAUUGAUAUAGAAAAUUUUAAUUUAAAAGAAUUUCAUUUACAAACUUAUAGUCUCUCUCAACUACAAUUAUUAAAUAUAACAGCUGACGAUCAUGUCAUUUAUCUUAAUAAUGUUUCGUUCUGUGAAUUUUUACGAAAUUAUAGAUCUAUAUUAUUUAAUAUUCGACCAACAUGUACUUGUGAAUUAGUCACUAUGAUGAAAUCUGUCGAUAUAAAUAAUAGAACAUUUUAUCAAUGUUUAAAUCAAACUUAUUAUUUUAAUCACAACCAUAAAUUUUGUUAUUAUAACGGUAUCAAAUACAAUAUUUCAAAUGAAAAUAUGGAUAAUUUUUGUUCUAUAUGUAAAAUAGCUAAAUGUCCAUUUGGAACAAUUUGUAGCAUAUCUCCUGAAUCUAUUAGUGCAAUAUGUUUACCGACAAUAUAUCAUAAUUUUGAUUAUAUAUAUUCAAUUAUAUCUUAUAAUGAAUUGACAAAACCAUUUUUUAAACAAGAAAUUGGCACAUAUUUAUCAUCAAAUAAAACAAUGAACAAAACAUUAGAAACACCACAAUUUAAUUCUAUUGCUAAUGUACUUAUAUUAAAUUCAAAUUUAUCGCUUGCUUCUGAUACUGAAACAUACGUAUAUCAUAAUAUAUUUACACACUUAUUAGAUCAAGAUUGGAAUAAUAAUAUAACAACUAUGGCACAACGAGGAGUUUGGCAACAAUUAUUAAAUUCUAUUGAAAAUUCAAUGAAAACUAUUGAUAAUAAUAUUCCAUUAUAUCGUUAUGAAAGUGAUGUUUUAUCAUCAAGUAGUCUAUUUAUUAGUCAACAAAAUCAACAACAAUUUUCAUCAUCAAAGUCAGUUAUUUUUGGAUGGCAAAUAAAUAGCAAUAAUACAAUACGUGAAAAUAUUAGUAAAGAAUCAUUUACACCUGAUGAUUCAACAAGUACAACAGUAUUUUUAAAUUUGAGUACAAUGCAACAACCAUCAUGCAAUUUACAAAAUCAAGGUUGCGUAUUUUCGCCAAAUUCAAUGAAUUUUCAACGUUAUGGUAUCACAUCUUUGAAAUCAUCAAAAUUAUUUGCAGCUACCGAUCGUAUACCAGAUUAUAACGUUAUUUCUGUCAUUGCACCAAUUCAACAACAAACUCCAGCAUUAGUCACAAUUUACUUUCGACAAAAAAUGUCUAAUUUAACAUCAACAACUAGUUUUUAUGACAAAGCAAUAUGUAUGUAUUUGGAUAUUGAUGAAAUGAUAUGGAAACAAGAUGGAUGUGAGACAAAAACAGAAACACAAACAAUUAUUCAAUGCAAAUGUAAUCAUUUAACAAUGUUUACUGUUUUCUUUUCACCUGAUUGUACAUCAGCACCAAAAUUUUUAAAUAUUAUUAGUUAUAUUGGUAUUUGUCUUUCUCUCAUUGGUCUUACAGUGUGUGUUAUUAUGUUUCUUAUUAGUCAACGAUGUCACGUUGAAAAUAAGAAAAACGUAUCCAAAUCAUUACCUUCAAUUGCAAGUAAUUCUCACAGUAGUGAUGAAACUGUUUUAUCAUCUAAUCGAGCAACCUGUACCAUGAUGAUGCGAGCACCAAGAUUAAAAUUAAGUAUUGUUAAAUCAAUGUUAUUUGUACUUUGUAUAUUAUUAAUAAUAAUGAAUAUUUUGAUAUUAAUUUUAACAUUUAUUAAACCGGGACAAAAUGUUGCGUGUAUUGUGUUCAGUGCUGGACUCUAUUAUGUUACAUUAGUGUCGUUUAUUUGGAAAUUUUUAUUUGCAUUACAACAAUGUAUAUUUAUCACUAGUCUGCUGCAAAACUGGUCUGACAAAUAUUUGUUAGUUGUCUUUGGUAGUAUAACAUUAUUAUUACCAAUAAUUCCACUAAUCAUUAUGUUUUUAGUCGUCAAAAAUAUCACAUUUGUAUCGACAACAUGUCAAUUUUGUUGGUUAAGUCGUGAAUUUGUUAUUUUUGCUCUGAUGGUACCAAUUCUAUCCAUAACAACGGUCAAUUUUAUACUUUAUAGCUAUACAAUGAUUAGACUAGCUAUAAAAAAUCGAUUACAAGUGGGUCUACGUUCAACAAUAUCAGAGCAUCAACGGCGAACGCAAAAUUUAAAAAUUGGUCUAUUUUUUGCCAUUAUCAUGGGUUUGACAUGGUCAUUCGGAUUUUUAUUAUUGAUUUCAAAUACUGUUGUACAAUUAAUUGGAAACAUAUUGUUUUGUAUAACAAACACUAUUCAAGGUUUUUGUUUUUUUUUAAUGGUAUUUUGGAUGAUUGAACAAAACAAAACACGUGAUCAGCUACGAAUAUGUUGUAAUUAUUGCAUUGGAAAUAUGAAACAACGACAACCACAGGUCAGAAUGAAAGUAUUAAAAACAUCAUCGAGUAAUACAACAUGCUCGACCGAUGAACAAACCCAAAAAGAGCCCAAAGCAUUUGGAUCAGUUCAAAAUCGAAGAAUAAUAGAAACACAACUGGAUGAUCAUACCUAUACGUCUUUAUUUUGA